AUGUCUCACCAAAGACUUUCACACCUCACAUGCCGAGCCGUACGGCAUCAAACCUCUUCUGUCGCCGAGUCUGUCCGACAAACCUGCCGACGGCCCGUUUGCCUCUCGUCGAACAUCUCUCGCACUCAAUCCGCCAGUUAUUCUUCCUUCAUUAGACAAAGACAGACGAUACCUUCUUAUUCAUCAGCAAAUAUACUCAUCUCAAGUCGAUGUUCCCGCCAUCCCAGACCCUUGAUUCAAAACUCCUCGACAUUCUCCACAGCACAAGCACCUCAAGCGCCGGCGAUUGCGACUCUGAAUCCGAGAAACGACGAUGAUGGAAAUGCGAUGUUUAUAGAGAUAUCGCCUCGAGCAGCAAAGCGUCUGAGUCAAAUAACUACUUCGUCAGAAGAAAACCAACAUCUCCGAGUCACCGUAACGAGCGGCGGAUGCCAUGGAUUUCAAUACUUAAUGUCUUUAGAGCCAUCAACCAAAAUCGACGAAGCAGAAGACACCAUAUUUGAGCCUGCUGAGACAGACGCAACGGGUCCUGGCCACGCCAGAGUCGUUAUGGAUCAAGCAUCACUGGAACUGCUAUCUGGUAGUACGGUCGACUUUACGACAGAACUUAUUGGAAGCCAGUUCAAGGUUAUUAAUCCCAGAGCCACGAGCAACUGUGGCUGUGAUAGUUUCAAAAUGCCAUGGGCGUACGAGAGCGUGGGCGUCGUGUCUGGGGAAGGUGCAAAGAGCCAAGUGGAAAGCGCGUUCCUCGCGUACCUUCCCCCUGAUACGCCCGUCUACCAUUAUGAAAAACAGGCUGACCUGGGCAGCCUUUUCCCUCCUUUCUCAGUCGAGGAUCGUUUUGUCGUCUUGAAACACGUUCCACCAAAAGUUCUUGAGAAACACGAGGGGCGACUGCCAGGACGCUGCAAUUAUUCACCACUACUUCGAAUUCUUAUCAUAACGAUGCCGAGUCUCCCGCAUGAAGAAGCGGCCAGCAGUUUUGAAAUUAUGAUGGUCACGCUUUUCAAAGAAAUGCGCGUCUACAGACGAAUUUAUCUAUGCGGAGCUACUCGCGUUGAUACCCCUAAUAGAAAGAAACAAGCGGAUCGGUCGUGGAAGCCAACUCGCCAACACAGAAAGUUUCCUACCGUCGCACUGGAAGUUAGAUUCUCGGAAACAACGGCCAAGUUGGAAAGAGAUAUCGCUUGGUGGAUUAAUGAAUCAAAGGGCGAAGUGAAAAUGGGCAUCACCAUUGAUAUUAAGCCACGAUCAGGCCACAUCGAAGUUAAAUCAUGGACUGCAGCAUUUGAGUCACUAUCUAGCCACGUCUAUAUCACAGCAAAUGGUCGUCAAGUCCUCGAUCGGCAUAUCAACCAUCUUCCGCCACCUCGGAUGACUCACAGAAUCCUUUUAAAAAGAGGAAUAAAUGGCGCUGGUCCUACGAUUGAGGGGGGAGAUCUAGUCAUACCGUUUCGUUCUCUACUAUUGGAUGAGCCAGGAGAAGGCGAGGGGGAUUUUGUGAUCACAGCCGAUACAAUGUUGCGUGAUUUUGCAGAGCGUAUCUGGGAUGGAAUUGACGAUGCGGAAGCAAUUAAAGCCCAAGGUUAA